AGGACUCUCCCGAGACUCUUUUCAAGACUACUUAAUUAUUCUAGACUCAAACUCUCACAAAUCUCUAUCAAAUUUCCCUGUAGCAAUUUGCAAUUUUUUUGGCUUCGUUUCUUCAUCAGCUUAUCUUGGUUUUUUUUCAGGCUUCAAUUGCGUGAGGUUUAUUUAUAACAAGGUAUAUAUGUAGCUAUUCUUCUAAUUAAUUGCACUAUUAUCAUAAUGUAUCAGAAUUUUGCAUGUAAUAUAGAAUUCCAAAUAUGGCAGAUAGGGCGAGAGAAUGAAGUUUUUAGCUUGGUUAAUGCAAAAGAAGGACUCAUUGUAUUUUCCACCAGAACUAUUGUUGGGCAUCUUAUUAAGACUCCCUGUGAAAUCACUCGUUCGGUUCAAGUCGGUACAUAGCUAUUGGCUUUCUUUGAUUUCGAGUCCCGAGUUCUUCCGUGAACAUAUUUCUCAUAAUCCCUUCUACAAAUAUGUAGUUGUUAGGGUUGAGGAUACCAACACAUCGAGUCGUUGUCUCUCGCUUCGUAUUUUCAAUUCCGUGGCUCAAGAUUUCUUUGAUGAUGAAGCAUUAGCCAUUCCAUAUCCUUUUGGAAUAUAUUCUAUUGUUGGCGUACAUGGAUCUUACAAUGGUUUCGUGCUCAUAGCUAUUGGUCUCAGACUUGACGCUUUUAUUUUGUGGAAUCCAUCUACCAGAGAAUACUAUAAAAUUUGCGGACCUGAAGAUCAUGCCUUAUGGAGUAUAGUUGGUCUAGCUUAUGAUGCAUCAAAUGAUGAUUACAAGAUUGUUACAGGAUUUUAUUCUCUCUACAUGGUUGGAAUGGAUGUUCGAAGUUAUAGUCUCAAAACCGGGUGCUGGGAGAAAAUAAAUCACCAUUUCUCUUACAGGAUGAGAACAGAUCAUCCAGGAAUGACUCCUGCCAGUGGGAUGCCACAUUGGCUUGUAUCUACUAACCGUAAUUCUCGCGAAGAUAUGGUUGUUUAUUUCGAUAUAGAAGAGAAUGAAUUGAAGCAAGUGUUUUUACCUGAAGGGAUACGUGGUUGGUGUCAAUUCAUCUCGGUUUUUCACGGAUAUAUUUGUGUGGGCUGUUUCCUACGUAAUCCCGUUAUAUAUGUGAUGAAAGAAUGUGCAUCAAAAAAAUUAUGGAUUAAGUUGAACAUCAAUUUCUCUCCCGUCGCUGAAUACCAUUGUCUAGCGCCGGUUGGAUUUGCCAGGGAAAAUGGAAUAAUAACGAGGGCAGAUGCUAGUGGUUUAGUUAUAUAUUGUCGCAAUACAAAUCAGUACCGGGUUGUUAAAUGUCCAGAUAGUCAUCGGCAGUUUAAGGUGGCGACAUAUAAAGAGAGUCUUGAAUCCCCCUGUAGAAUCUCAGGGGAACAUCAUCGAUAUGUGUCUGUACCGUUACAUGCUAGUCCACCGGAACCUGCUAGUUUGCCGAAACCUGCUGAAAAUGGGGAGGCUUGGGAAAUCACCAAGUCUCUACUACUUGUUUCUGUUGCAUCUUAGGAGCGCAUCUGUGUGCUAAUGAUGAGUUCAGCAAGAUGGCAUCAGAAAUAUGGAGCUCAAUAAAUAUUUUCCGUCCUCUACCAAUUGUCUCGACUUUAAGGCGUUUCAUAGUAAAAGGGACAAAUGAUGAACAAAAUCAUAAUCAAGUAAAUGAUCCUCAACACAAGGGUGAUAAAGCAAAUUGAUAAUCUAGCAAACAAGGGAGAGCAAGUUGAUUUUUACAAGAAUUUACCUACAGCAUUUACUUUUGUGUAAGAGGGCUUUGCUAUGUCAAAUUGUGAUUAAAAAUUUAAG